GCUCCUCUUGCUUUUUCCUCCAAAGUAUGUUAUAUUAAGUUUCGUGAAGCAUCGAGUGUUGGUGUGGCCCAGCAUCUAACUAACACCGUUUUUAUUGAUAGAGCCCUGAUAGUCGUACCCUGUGCAGAAGAUGACUAGACUGGCCAAGGCAGACCUGUUACACUUGCCUGAGUUAGGCAUUGUUUGCCAUGCCACUAAACCUGCCGUCAAGUGAAACCUUCAUGGGGGAAAUGAGAUCGAAGUCUGGCCCGCUGAAGAUGGACGCCCUGUCUCUGUUUUUAUUUUUUAUUUUGCUUUCCUUUCUUUUUUUGUUUUGUUUUUAUUUUGUCCCUUUUUUUGUUUUGUUUUUUGUUUUUGCUGAAUCUCUUUCACUUCUACUUGUGAACUGGUUCUUCAGUUCUGUAAAAAUGGUGUUUCAUAAAGGGUCCAUGAUGUUUCAUUUUAAAGUUGACUUUCUGAAGUUGUUUAUGAGGGUGGUGGAUGGUAUACACACCAAGUGUUGAAUUAGGUCAGCUAAAUUCUCUGUUGUAAACUAGGGAUAAACACUUAGAGAUAUGUUUAAGCAUCUUAAUUCAACUAUGACAGGCAGAUCAGUAUUUGAUGUCUGAAGGCUAAAAUAGUGAUAAAGAUAUAUCAGCUCUCAGAUGUGUGUGUUCCUCCUUAGACCAUAUUUUCAAAAGUACUUCUCUGAAAAAGCCAGCUGAAACUUUCUUUCCUAUUACUUCUUUCUUAAGAAUCUACCCUUUCCAAACAAAGUCGUGGCUCUUAAUCAGUCUCUUUCCCAUGAUCAGAAGCACAGUUUUAUUUUAAAUUGUAUAACCAGCACAGCAUAAGGUUUUUGUAUUAAUUUUUAAUAUGAACAAGUUAAGAUAUCUAUUUUGGAAUGACUCUUGAGAAAAUUCUGAACAUUCUAGAAUUUUUAUUCGCUGUGGGUGAAAUUCUGGCUCCAUUGACGUUAAUGUAGGUUUAGCCAUUGACUUCAGUGGGCUUGGGAUUUCAUGUAUUACUGUUGUUCAAGAAAAACCUUUACCACAUGUUAGUGUAAAUGGAUUCUGAGGCUUUGAUGGGAGAGUGUUCUGUCAGAUAUGUUGUCUUUUAACACUGCUAUCUGUGGAAAGAUGGAAACAACUUUUUGUUUUUUUGGUGGGGGGGGGGAAGUGUUUGUUUUUUAACCUUUACACAUUAGAAUGGCAUUUUCAUUUAGAUGCAACAGAAAGGGAUUUUCUAAGAAAUGAUUUCAUCCAUAAGUUUGUAUUUCCCAGUGAUUAAACGUAUUAGGAAAAUAAUUUAUUCUUCUAAUCUCCAAAUUAGAUAUGAGCAUAAAAUGUCUUUGAUUGAACAUACUUGUUCAUCACUGAAGCUGGUGUUUUUGGUUUUCUUUUAAUCAUCCAGCAGUUUAUAGUACAAAACACAAGGAAACUGAUCCCUUCUGAACAAUUGCAUAAGGAUGGAAUCUUGUGACUAAUACACUAUAAUUUUACUGAUAUGAGGCCUAAUUAUCAUUUACACUAAGGCCACUUUACAUUGCUCUGGCAAGCCAUGUCUACACUACAGAGCCAAUGCUAUCAGAGCUAUGCUGGCAUAGCUCUUCAGUGCACUUGCAGUGCACACUGAUAGAAGGAGUUUUCUCCAUGUGUGAGAGCACCACGUCCCUGAACAACAUUCUAACAAAAACAUUUUUCUGUCAGCAUAGUUGUAUCUACACUGGGGCUUUUGACAGCAUACCUGUGUCGCUAGGGGAUGUGGAUUUUUUACACUUCUGACCCAUAUAACUAUGCCAGUAUAAAUUUGAAAUGUAGAUCAAGCUGCUGAUCCACUGAAGUGUCUUAAAAUGGAUGUAAAAGUAAUUUACACCCCACUUAAGAGGUCUCUUUGUAAUGCUAGAACAGUGUAAAGGGGCCUUAUUGCAAAUGAGAAUCAGAUCUGUCAUUUAUUACUGAACACCCAAGGGUCAUUAAAACUGUUUUAAGGCACCGGCAUAAAGUGAAAUAAGUCAAGAAAUCGAUCUAUGAAGUUGAAAUGAUACACUUUUUAAAUAAAUACAUAUAUUUGGGGAAAGCAUUUCAGUUCAACUUUUAAGGCUUGGCUUCACCCAUCCCAUAGCAAUAUGCAUUAAGAAAAAGAUGCGAGCCUUAAACUUACAUGUCUUAACAGAUGUCAGAUUGUGCAAUAGCCUAAAUGUUGUUUAUAUUUUUUCUGGGUUUGUAUUCCUUUUUUAUAAAAAAGAUUAAGAAAGGUAAUAAAAUAUAUAUUUACUCAAGAACAUAACAGGUCCCUUUGGAGCUCUUAAAUUGAUUUUCAAUGCUAAAUAAUCUGAUCAGCUUUUUACUAGUGUUCCGGUGGGGGGAGAAGAAAACUUUUUUUUUUCUUGGUGGAAAGUUUCUUAAAUUUCUAAACUGUUUCCAUUUUUCAGGGUUCUAAAUUGAUUCAUUUUGGGACAGUUUCCACAGCAUUUUAGUGUGUGAAAUUUUUGUUGAAUAUUUUUGAGCAUGAGUUUUGAUUUUAAAAAAUCAAUGAAAAUAUUGAAGAAACAUCUGCAGAACCCAGAUGUUGAUAAUUUUUCAUGAAAAGAUCUUAGAGAAAAAGCCACUUUUUUAAGUAAAAUUGUAUGGAAAAACUUUGACCAGCUCUACUUAAUUUUUUUUAACAUAGUGAUGCAGCCUACACGAACGGUUGUCAUGUGUAACACAACUUUCGAUCACCGCGAAAACACCGCCCUGGGAAAGCGUCCAUGCUUGAUAUCGUUUGGUUCAUGAACAUUAAGUUUCCAGUACAGGUAAAAUCCCAGAUGAAGCCAAAGCCCUCUCUUUAUUGGCUCCUGCUCCUACUAUGACAAGCCUGAUGCCUGGUGCAGGGUUGCUUCCUAUACCCACACCAACUCCGCUAACUACACUUGGUGUUUCACUUGGCACGUUGGGAGCUAUACCAGCAGCAGCACUGGACCCUAAUAUUACAGCACUUGGAGAAAUACCACAGCCACCAAUUAUGGGAAAUGUGGAUCCUUCCAAAAUUGAUGAAAUUAGGAGAACAGUCUACGUUGGAAAUCUGAAUUCUCAGACUACAACAGCAGAUCAGCUGCUUGAGUUUUUUAAACAAGUUGGAGAAGUGAAGUUUGUGCGAAUGGCAGGUGAUGAGACACAACCAACACGGUUUGCUUUUGUGGAAUUCGCAGACCAAAAUUCUGUACCUCGUGCUCUUGCCUUUAAUGGAGUUAUGUUUGGAGACAGGCCACUGAAAAUAAAUCACUCCAAUAAUGCAAUAGUGAAACCUCCUGAAAUGACUCCACAAGCUGCUGCCAAGGAGCUGGAAGAAGUGAUGAAGAGAGUAAGGGAAGCCCAGUCUUUCAUAUCGGCAGCUAUUGAGCCAGAGUCUGGAAAGAGCAGUGAAAGAAAAGGCGGUCGAUCUCGUUCCCAUUCUCGUUCAGAGUCCAGAUCUAGUUCAAAAUCCCGAUCUAGAAGGAAAAGAUCACACUCAAAACGCAGGAGUAGAUCACACAAUAGAUCACUCUCUAGCCAGAAGGAUAGGCGUAGAUCCAAAAGUCCUCCCAAAAAACGUUCCAAGUCUAAGGAAAGGCGGAAGUCAAGAAGUCGUUCUCGUUCCCGGGACAAGAAAAAAGACAAAGAAAACAAAGAAAAGGUCAAGGAAAAAGAAAAGGUCAAAGAGAAGGACAAGGACCGAGACAGGGAGAAGGAGAGAGACAGAGAUAAAGAAAAAGAGAGGGAGCGGGACAGAGACAAAGAGAGAAACAGGGACAAGGAUAGGGACAGAGAUAAAGAAAAAGACAGGGACAAGGACCGAGAGAGGGACAGAGACAAAGAAAAGGAGAGGAACAAAGACCGGGAGAGGGUCAAGGAUAGGGAGAAGGACAGGGACAAAGAGAAGGAGGUAGUCCGGGACAAGAAGGAAACGGACCUGGAGAAAGUGGGGGACAGGGACAAGGAAAAGGAUCGGGAGAAAGAGGGGGAAAGGGAGAAGGUUAAGGAGAAAGACAGAGAGAAGAAGGAGGGUGACAAGGAGAAGGACAAAGACAAGGAAGGGGACAAAGAGAAGGAACGGGAAAGAGAAAAAGAGAGGUCCAAAGAGAGCGAUGAUAAAAAGAAGAAAGAGAAGAGAUCCAGAACACCGCCCAGAAGCUACAGUUCUCUAAGAAGAUCUCGUAGUUCUAGCAGAGAAAGGCGUAAGAGGAAGAGUAGAAGUCCUUCCAAGUCUCCAAAAACAUCCAAAACAUCAAAGAGAAAGUCCUCUCGGUCUCCAUCACCAAGGAGAAAUAAGAAGGACAAAAAGAGAGAGAAAGAAAGAGAUUCAAAUAAUGAAAGAAAAGAGAGAGAGCAAUCCACAUCCAAGAAAAAAAGUAGCAAAGAAAAAGAUGGGAAGGAGAAGUCUGACAAAACCACUACUACACUGAAGGACAAAGAUCACACUAAAGAGGAUCCAAAUUCAGAAAUUAACAAGGCAGGAGACAACAAAGAUACACAAAGGACAGAUGAAGUCAAACUACAACAGAAUGGGAACUGUCAACCAAAUGAAGAAAACCUCUCAGUUAAAAUGGAAGAGGUAUAAAGUAAUGAAUGGACCUCUGACUCAACUGUGGGGUGAAUCCAAAGCUUUUUAUUUCUCUGAAAGAGGAAGAAAACAUCAAAACAAUCUACUGAGCAGGUUGAUAUGUACUAGUAGCUCUUCCAAUCCUUGUGAUAGCUUUGUUGUCUUCUUGCUGGAAAGCAAGAAAGACCAUGGACCAGUAAUAUAUGCCAUGAUAAAGGCAAAUGCCAUCAGAACUAUUCAUCUGUGAGAAUCCAUGCAUUUCCAUGAUGGCUGUACUUAUUUGUAAAAUGAUUUAUGUUAACUUUUGCCAAGAACUGUUUCAAAUAAGUGGAAGUUGAAAGAUGUAGACCUGUGUAAGCUGAAGGUAUGCAUUGGAAGUUGUUAAAAUAUUGCUAGUUAAUGAAUUUUGUAUUGUUUUUCCUUGUGUUUUUUUUUUUUAAUUUCCAUGUGUACUGUUUUGAUAAUGUGCUUGGAAAUGGUGCAAAAAUACACACUUUCCCUUGUAAAUGACAGCUAUGGAAAAAAGGGUUUUUACUUUAGUACAUAGUUUUGCCGUUAUUGCGUUAAACGCACACUGACUAUUAAGUUUUCAUUUGCUCACUGCUUGGAUUCAUUUUUUCUUAUUUAAAGUCAUUUUCUUAUUACUAUCCCUAAAAUGAAUAUUUCUUUUAAUAGUAGUUGAACAAGGCAUGCUACUGUCCUAUUUAUAGAAGGAACAACCACCAUAUUGUAGAUAAUAGUUCAGCUUACUGGGUUUCUUCCCCCUCCCCUACCCUCAAAAGUGAGCACGCCUGUAUAGUGGUUUCAGAUCUUCUGGUUUUGUUUUGAGCCAUGUUGUAAUGGGUCUGUUCAGCUGCAUAUGGUACAGGUGUCAUGAAAAUCAAUACCCCUGUUUUCAAAAUAGUAUAUGGGAGCACAAGCUAAAGCUUUAGUGCCUUCUUAAAAUGUGGUAUAUUUUCUGGAACUUUAUAUAUGCUAUUAAUUUUGAAUUACAUCUUACAUAAUCUCGAUGGCUGUUCUACCAACACCAUACCAGUAAACAAAAAUGUGAGUGAUUUGUCAGAAAAGCUGUGCUGGGUUCACUUGGUACAAGAUUGAAGCUCCAUUUUUAAGAAGAGAUUUAUAAAUGAAUGCAACAGUGCAGUUUGGGGACCAUCGUACUAUGAAGUAUGGUAACUGAAUACAGAGCAUGCUCUGAUUUCACCAAAAUCAAAGGGAGCUCUUUAAACUUUUUCUGUACAUUGGAUGGCCUUAAUCAUUACCUCUCAAUCAUCUUCUCUAAUGUUGGUUGUGUGAUGUGAAAGGAAUUGUGUGCAAAGUUUGUUUGAAAAGAAUAGUAGUUGAAUUUACAUUAGAGUUAUAUGGUAGAGAUUCUAUGUCCUUCUUGGAUCCAUUCUUUGGAGAGAAAGCAUGUAGCUUGAGAGAAUGACACACUGCAAAUAUUUUGUCAAGUAAAAGUGUGACUUGUGCUCUGAAGUAAUCUCAUCAUUGUAAGAUUUCUUAAAAGUCAGACCUUUAAAACUUGUUUAAUACUAAAAUCAAGUAGACUUAUUUUUAAUACAGUGUAAUACAAUCAAAAGACUUAAUUGCCUUACCUCAUGGGAAGAGUUAUUUCUAUCAAUUUUAAAAGCUAAGUAGCAUAUUAGUUAGUUACUUUCAGAUUGAUUUUCCUUUUAAAGUUAAUACUUACAGAAGCCUAAGUGUUUUAUGGGGAAUGAAAAGUUGCCCACUUUAUAAGGUAAUGAAACCCAGUUUGUGCAGCUGCUUAAUCACUCUUUAUUUUUGUUAGGAUUUGAAGUAUAUUGCCACUGUGUACCAUUAAAACUAUAGAAAAUGCUUUACCGUGUAAAGUAUAGAUGGUCAUUUUUGUGAUGUUUAAGCCACAUGCAGUUGGCUGGUGAACAGCUUAUUCCAAUAAAAGAAUGACAAAUCUGUAUGCUUAUAGAAAGACUGUGUGAAGGAUCAGGUCUUGCAACAACAGCUGUCUUAUUUAUGUGUAAGUAGCAUAGCGCAAAGAUUGUUUGUAUACUUGUUAUCUUUGGUACCAUUUCACUAAUAAAAUUAAGUAUUUUAGA